GUCUUUCUGCGUUGCGUGCUUGGCUUAAAACUACCAAAAAAAACCCCCAAAAAAGAAACAGAUUUGAACAGAUUUUAGCUUUGGAGCUUUCACUUUCUCCACCUUGCGUCUUCGUGAUAUCUUUUCACAACAAAUCGCUAAGGUUUUCCGUGAAAAAGUGUUGGAUUUUUAUUUAAAAUUCUCAAUCUGAAGCGAACACGAACAGUCGAUCGAGUCGGUGAAUUUGAGAAAUGUCGAGGAGAGUAGCAGAGCAUCACGAGAACGACGACGAGUUGAAGGACGAGGAGGAAGAGUAUGAGGUUCAGGAUCUCAGGGACCGAAUCAAAUCGUCGCGCGGAAGCCGAUUCAAUCUCAUCAAGAACGAGUUAGGGCUCGACGACGACUCCUCUUCGAUUCUGAGACGGUUCAGUCGCCAGAGCCUCAUCAAUGGUGUCAAAGGCCUUUCCCACGGCGUCAUUCAUCCUGACAACUGGUGGUAUCGGGCAUGGACGAAAUUCAUACUGGUGUGGGCAGUGUACUCAUCCUUCUUCACACCUUUCGAGUUUGGGUUUUUCAGGGGUUUGGAAGAGAAACUUUUUAUACUGGACGUAGUAGGACAGGUAGCAUUCCUUUUGGACAUAAUUUUGCAGUUUUUCCUGGCUUACAGAGAUGGUCAGACAUAUCGAAUGGUCUUUAAGCGAACUCCUAUUGCUCUCAGGUACUUGAAAUCUAAUUUUAUCAUUGAUCUGCUUGGUUGUAUGCCUUGGGAUAACAUCUACAAGGUUUCUGGGAGAAGAGAGGAAGUGAGGUAUCUCCUAUGGAUAAGGUUAAGUCGGGUGCUCAAAGUCACUAAGUUCUUUAAAGACCUAGAGAAGGAUAUUCGUAUCAAUUAUAAUUUUACCAGGAUUAUAAAGCUUCUUGUUGUUGAACUCUAUUGCACGCAUACAGCAGCCUGCAUCUUUUACUAUUUGGCUACCACCUUGCCUGCUUCACAAGAGGGGUACACAUGGAUUGGAAGUUUGAAGUUAGGUGACUAUAGUUAUUCAAACUUCAGGGAUAUCGACUUAUGGAAGCGCUAUACAACUUCUAUGUAUUUUGCCAUUGUAACUAUGGCCACUGUUGGCUAUGGAGAUAUUCAUGCAGUCAACCUGAGGGAGAUGAUAUUCAUUAUGGUUUAUGUAUCUUUUGACAUGGUUCUUGGAGCGUAUUUGAUUGGUAACAUGACAGCAUUAAUUGUAAAAGGAUCAAAGACAGAAAAGUUCAGGGACAAAAUGACGGAUGUUAUAAAAUAUAUGAACAGAAAUAGACUUGGGAAGGAUCUUCGAAAUCAAAUCAAAGGUCACUUGCGUUUACAAUACGAGAGUACCUACACUGAGGCUGCUGUUCUCCAGGACAUUCCUGCUUCAAUUCGCGCCAAGAUUUCACACACUUUAUAUUUCCCGUACAUUGAAAGUGUUCCUCUCUUCAAGGGAUGCUCGGCAGAAUUCAUCAAUCAGAUUGUUAUCAAACUCCAUGAGGAAUUUUUUCUCCCUGGAGAAGUGAUAAUGGAACCAGGAAACGUGGUAGAUCAACUUUAUUUCGUCUGUCAUGGUGUGCUGGAGGAGGUAGGCAUCGCGGAAGAUGGAACAGAAGAAACUGUUUCACAAUUGGAACCUAAGAGCUCAUUUGGAGAAAUCUCCAUUCUUUGCAACAUUCCCCAACUUUAUACAGUUAGGGUGUGUGAGUUAUGUAGGCUUCUGCGACUAGAUAAACAAUCUUUUACAAGCAUCCUUGACAUAUAUUUUUAUGAUGGGAGGAAAAUCUUGAACAACCUCCUAGAGGGUGCACCUCGCAUCAAACAACUAGAAUCAGACAUUACAUUUCACAUUGGAAAGCAAGAAGCUGAACUUGCUUUGAAGGUCAAUAGUGCGGCUUAUCAUGGAGAUCUGUUUCAGCUAAAAGGUUUGAUCCGUGCUGGAGCUGAUCCCAACAAGACAGAUUAUGAUGGAAGGUCACCAUUGCAUCUUGCUGCAUUAAGGGGACAUGAAGAUAUUACACUUUUCCUUAUUCAGGAAGGCGUGGAUAUCAACAUCAAAGACACUUUUGGGAACACACCCUUACUUGAAGCCAUAAAAAACGGCAACGAUCGAGUUUCUUCUUUACUUAUUAAAGAAGGGGCCUCCUUGGAGAUGGACAAUGCUGGUAGUUUUAUAUGUACAGCCAUUACCAGGGGGGACUCAGAUUUCAUUAAAAGGUUAUUGUCAAACGGCAUUGACCCGAACUCCAAAGAUUAUGAUCACCGGACCCCACUUCAUGUAGCUGCCUCGGAGGGAUUAUAUAUGAUGGCAAAGUUGCUGUUAGAAGCUGGGGCUAGCGUUUUCUCAAAAGACAGAUGGGGGAAUACCCCACUAGAUGAAGGUCAGAUGUGUGGGAACAAGAAUUUGAUUAAACUGCUAGAAGAAGCAAAGGCUACUCAGUUGACAGAAUCUCCUUACCGUGCUCAAGAACUCAAAGAUAAACUGCACCCAAAGAAAUGCACUGUGUUUCCUUUCCAUCCAUGGGAAGGCAAAGAACAAAGAAGACCUGGAAUUGUGUUAUGGGUCCCUACUACCAUUCAAGAGCUCAUCAAAACCGCGACAGACCUACUAGAAUUUUCAAGUGGUUCCUUUAUAAUAUUAUCAGAAGAUGGAGGUAAAAUUCUUGAUGUAGACUUAAUAAAUGAUGGUCAGAAGCUGUAUUUAGUCAGUGAUACACAUUUGACAUAAACAUUUUGGCCUUAUGUUAUAAUUUUAAUAUAGUCCUUGUAUGAUUUUUGUAUCCAAACUGGAAUGUAUCUCUCCAUUUGUUGUACUUAGCGAGUUUAUAUCA